AUGAAUCGCCUUUAUUAUAACACCGUUUACAAUCCAUGUAAUAAAAAUAAUUCUUCAAAAAAUGUUCAUUCCUCUAUUAGUACAGGAUAUCCAUGGUUAACAAAUCAAAUGUUACCACUAAUGACUAAUAAUUCUAUUCCCUUAAAAAAUCCAUAUUUUGGUAGUGGUGAUUAUUCUAAUAUUAUGAAUACAGCUUUUACAACAAAUGUUACCACAACAUUAUCAAAUAAAACUGAACGCCUUCCAGUUGUUAGAAGUCCCUCCAAAAAUGAUGGAAUUGAUGGAUAUAGAAUUUAUUCUAGAUCAACGAUGGUUGAAAUUGCUUGGCAAUAUGACUUAAAACAAUGGAAAGAAAUUUUAGGUCAAAAUCAAUCAAAUGAUUUUGGUAUUUUGUUAAUCUUACAAAAAGAAAAAAAAACCUGUAUUGAUAAUUAUGUUGAUGAAUCUGUUGAUAGUGGAUGUGUUAAUGAUUCUCCUAACAACUCAUCAUACUUUAAUUAUUUAACACAAAGUAGUGCUUACUCUACAAAUUACAAAAAUCAUGGUGAUGGAAAAUCAUUAAUAUCAAAUUCACCAUCAAUUCCAUAUUACAAUGAUUUUUCUUAUAAUCCAUAUAAUAGAAAUAAUGGAAGUUCCUUCAAAGAAGCUAGUAAUGAAGUAUGUUUUAAUAAAUUACAAAAAUUUUGUAAGCCAAAAAUUACUUCAUCCAAUUAUGGAUUAAAGUAUCCAUAUUUAAAAUAUAAUACUUCAAAAUCUCCAGAAACACAAAGACUCUGGACCUCAGCUUAUAGUAAUUUAUUAUACAAUGAUUCUGAUAACUCUGAAGCUAAUGUCUAUAAGAUGUUCUUGGACAAAUUAGUUAAACAAAUGACAAUUAAGUCAUAUAAAAGUAGUAAUAAAGAGAAGAAUUCACAAACUACUAUAACACGUUUAUCUGAAGAAAAAAAUAAACAUUUUACUUACACAAGAAAUGAAAUGUUAAAAAUUAGUGAAAGAUAUACUACAGAGGAAUGGAUAAAAUAUUUACUUGAUAAUUUUUCUAACAAUAAUAUUGUUAUGGGACAUCUUAGAAAAGAUAUCUUUACUGUUGAUAGUAAUCCAAUGAGACCAAAAAUGAGUAGAGAAGUUAAAGCUAUAUUUAGAAAGUAUAAAAAUAAAAAAAAAAAUGUUGAAGAGAAGAAAAAAAAUUAA